UCGUGUUCUCCCGGUCACAAGCAGAACGUCCCCCGCGGUGUGAGGAUGGGGGCGCCACUGGUGUCCAUGGUUCUUCUCAUACAAACCGGCUUCAUUUGUGGAACUGAAAAAGUGACCCCGAUCAUAGGAAUGAAGGGAGGAGCUGUACAUCUGCCGGCCACAGUGCCGGCCGAAUUCAGUACCAGAGACGUCUUCUGGAGACAUCUGUCACCCACCGACCACUUGGUGGCUUCUUUUUCCCGGGGAUCCAUCGACACAAACUAUCAGUCCCGCUUCUACGGGAGAGUUCGGCUUCUUCACAACUUUACUUUGGUUAUCCUAAACCUAGAACUCAAGGAUACCGGGAUGUUCACCUGCCAAAUGGUGGACAACAAUGGUCACAUGAGGCUUCACCGGUUUCACCUUACAGUCUACGAAGUGGUGGCCGUGCCAGAGGUCCAGGUGUAUACUUCCAGAGGAACCGUGGAUUGUUCUAUGAUUUUGGCCUGUAAUACAUCCAUGGGAAGCAACGUGACAUACAGUUGGGUGACCGACACUGGGCAAGGGCUUCCUCUAAACAGAACCCAUACAUUACACCAUGAUAGUCGCCUGCUUAGGGUUCUCCUCACUCCAAGUGACCAAAAUGUGUCCUUCACGUGUAUCGUAACCAACAUGGUCAGCCAAGAGAAGACAGCCGUAGCACCAUGGACCCAUUGCUUUGGACAACAAGGAUCGGAGGCCGGUGUCUCCAGCAGGAAGGUCUUUUUGCUCAUCGGGAUCUUUCUUGCCGUCACAUUUAUUCUCAUGUUGUUCUUGGUUUUCUUGCUGACCAGAAACUCAAGAAAAUAUGACCUGAGAAACAGGAAAGAAACAACAGAUGAAGAGACAACGUUACGACACAAUGGAGACACCGGACGGCAGGAAGGAGAAUCGAGACUACAGAUCAGUGAUGAGAGAGUCCUACAAAGAGAGACGUCUCUAUAGCUAUGAGAGGCUGAGGACAAAAAGAGACAUCUGUGGAUCACCAUCCGAUACAAGACGUGACCGCGGACUCAUAGUACAGACGGAGAGAACUGCAGAUAUGUGUAUCUAAGCCUAUGAUGUGUGAUACUGUGUCAGCUGAGCUCUGUAUCCAUCACAUGGGAUUCCGUCUUCUGAGCCUGUGUAUCUAAGCCUAUCAUGUGUGAUACUGUGUCAGCUGAGCUCUGUAUCUAUCACCUGGGAUACCGUCUUCUGAGCCUGUGUAUCUAAGCCUAUCAUGUGUGAUACUGUGUCAGUGUGUCAGCUGAGCUCUGUAUCUAUCACAUGGGAUACCAUCUUCUGAGCCUGUGUAUCUAAGCCUAUCAUGUGUGAUACUGUGUCAGCUGAGCUCUGUAUCUAUCACAUGGGAUACCAUCUUCUGAGCCUGUGUAUCUAAGCCUAUCAUGUGUGAUACUGUGUCAGUGUGUCAGGUGAGCUCUGUAUCUAUCACAUGGGAUACCAUCUUCUGAGCCUGUGUAUCUAAGCCUAUCAUGUGUGAUACUGUGUCAGCUGAGCUCUGUAUCUAUCACAUGGGAUACCAUCUUCUGAGCCUGUGUAUCUAAGCCUAUCAUGUGUGAUACUGUGUCAGCUGAGCUCUGUAUCUAUCACCUGGGAUACCGUCUUCUGAGCCUGUGUAUCUAAGCCGAUCAUGUGGAAUCCGGGUGGAAUACAAGGUAGAUUCAGGGCAGCUGUUAUGGCCCAAGGGGCAGAUGGUAUUGACCCCUUCUUGUCGUGACGCCAGGGUGUGGUUUAGCCUUAACCACCCGAAGGUAAUACCGCUGAUCCUGGGUUAGGUCGGGGCAAUGAAGACACCAACGCCAGAUUAAGGAUAAUGGCAGC